AUGGAUUUGGGCGACGAACGUACCGAGGAGCUCGAUACGUUGCAAUCUAUCUAUCCGGAGCUCGUGCUCGAUCCGAACCAACCCUAUACCGCACGUCUGGAUCUUCUUGUGGCACCUACGAAGCCAUUACCCGUUACCUUCGAGCCAGAUAAUGAUGUGCAGCGGUUAGCCUACCUACCUCUGCUACACCUUCACAUCAUCCUGCCCGCAGAGUACCCUGCGGAAACUUGUCCAGUUGUCAAGGUUUCGACGUCGCCAUCCUGGCUGCCUGAGCAUGUCCUAAAUAGACUCGCAGAUGAGGCAAAUUCGAUAUGGGAGGAAUAUGGAGGAGGCACAAUACUGUUCUCAUACAUCAGUUCGAUGCAGGAGCAAGCAGACGCGUCGUUCGGGCUGGAGGACCUCACACUAGCAUCGUCAAUGAGGGCAGAGCUCGUAGAGUAUAGCCGACGGAUGAAGAAAGAACUGUUUGACAAAGAAACUUUCGAUUGCGGGGUGUGUCUGGAACCCAAGAAGGGUUCAGCGUGCUAUCGCAUGGAGCGAUGCAGCCAUGUAUUUUGCAUCGCCUGUCUGCAAGACUACUACAACAAUUGCAUCAAGGAGGGUGAUGUCAAUAAUGUCAAGUGCAUGUCGACCGAAUGCGGGAAGAGUAGCAACAGAAAGAAGAAGGAUCGCUUGCUGUCUCCAAAGGAGCUACUACAGAUUCCAAUAGCGCGCGAACAGGUGGAUCGUUAUGCGACGAUAAAGCGAAAGAAGAAGAUCGAGUCGGAUCCGACCAUCGUAUUUUGCCCACGCACAUGGUGUCAAGGAGCAAUGCGCACGGAUAAGUACCCCAAAAUCACCGAUGUCAGCCAAAUGGACGGUUCUGAUUCGGAACCCGAAGAAGAAGACCCUGCGCAACAUGGUGGCACAGACGGCCCAGAUGGCCCAGAAAAGCGUGCAAUAGGAGUCAGGGGCAUGGAACGGCUAGCCGUCUGCGAGGACUGCAACCUCGCCUUUUGCGUCAUCUGUCUUGCUUCGUGGCACGGCGAUUUCGUGCGCUGCGAACCACGUGAUGCUACUCAACUCACUGAAGAGGACCAGGCGUCACUCAACUUCAUCCAGAAAAACACAUCACCCUGCCCAUACUGCUCGGUACCUUGUCAAAAGAGUAUGGGAUGUAAUCACAUCACAUGUACGCAAUGCGAGACUCAUUUCUGCUAUUUGUGUGCGGCCUGGCUCAAUCCGGACCACCCUUACGCGCAUUUCAACGAUCCGAAGAAUAAACACUGCUUCCAACGACUCAUGGAUGGUGUCGAGGGGGAUUUGGCGAACGACAACAUACAAUUUGGCGGACGAAGAGGUGCCGACCAGGUCGCUGAUUUCUGGGAGCAAGAAGCUAUGCGGAUACAGAUGGAAGUAAAUGAUGAGGAUACCCGGUAG